GUCGAAACGCUCAAUCUGAGCGUAAAUCGCGUGCCCGGUGAAUGUGUGAACGGACACCAACUGCUGGACUUCCGUGAGAAUCUGUGGCUGCAUACCACGUCCAUCUUGGUGUCGCUGAUGGCUUUGCGCGACGCUUACCCGGACGUCGUAGGCAUCAUCAGCCCCAGCUAUCACGACUUUGCGUUGCCGGAGCAAAAACGCAGGACCGCGGCAGGAUUCGGGGCCAGCGACCCUAAGAACAAGCGUGUCAUUGGAAUCAUUCACAUCGAGCGGCACUGGGUGGCGUUUUUAAUCGACAGGACGGUCGCCAAGGGCACGAAGACGGCGACAUGCUUUAUGUUCGACCCUCUACAAAGUCGAAGCAACUACACCGUCAUUGAACAAAGCGUGCGGACCGUGAUUGAAGGGGUGCUUCAGCUACGUGGCAUGGUGAACUACGAGAAGGUGGAGUGGUGCACUCAGCAGGACAACAGUUCUUGUGGCGUGUGGUGCAUCGCAGUUCUGGAGAUGCUGCUUUGCGACGCUUCGUGGGACGACUGCAUCUACAAGUUGCUGCCGUACCUGCGGCUGCGUUAUCUGCAGAAAGCUCUUGCUUUCCUGGGCAAAGAGGCAGCUUGGGAGGGGUGA